AUGAAUAUAUAAAAUUUGGAAGAAUCUUAAGAAAUUUAAGAACUUAUUGAUUAAAUUGGUGACACUAAUUAGGAAAGUUGGAAUGGUUCUGAUAAUUAGAACAUCAUCCAAGAUUUUGAUGAGGAUUUGAAUAAUAAUCCAUUCCAUGAUAAAUAGAACAUCACCCAAGAUUUUGAUGUGGAUUUGAAUAAUAAUCAUUUUCAUGAUAAUUAGAACAUCACCCAAGAUUUCGAUGUGGAUUUGAAUAAUCAUUUCCAUGAUAAUUAGAACAUCACCCAAGAUUUCGAUGUGGAUUAGAACCCUCUAUUCCGUGAGGAACCGUAUCUCACAUUCAUUCAUUAAUAUGAACAUUAGUACAGUGAAGAAACACAAAAAUUACCAAAUGAAAGUUAUAUUUAACAGUUAAUUGACGAUGUAAAAGAAAUAAAUGAAUUUGAAAUCGAAUACUCAUUUGUAUUGACAAUAAAUUAGGUUGAAAACAUAUCCACCUUUGUAGAACACUAUAGUUCUCAAAAGGAAUACUUGAUUGAAACAUAAAUGUCUUAGCUCCUCAACAAUAAAACUUUGCUCAAAGGUAAAAUAGUCUUGCAUGAUGAGAAAGAUUUGGAAAUUAUAACUAUGCUCAUCAUGCUUUUAAUUAAAUACAAUCCUAAUCCUAGAUUCUUUUUGAAAGAAUAAGAAGAGCAAUUAGAUAUGCAUAUGAAAAAACUAUUUGAAAUUCUCACUAGUUAUCAAGAUUAUUGCCAAGUAAAAGAUAUUCUAUUUAGGCAACAAAACACGGUGGUUGUUAAAAUUAAGACUAAAUCAAAUAAGAGAUUGAAAUUACAUUAGAGAAGGGUUUUACAACUUAAUUGCUUAAGAAAUUAGAUGAUUAAAAAUGA